CGUCGCAUCAUUCAUUGCAACACUAUCUUCCAAUCUUUCAUUUUUCUUUAAAUUUUUUUUUAGCUUUAUUUCCAGACUUCUAAAAGAGCAAGAGCAACACAAGAAGUUAAUAGAGGGCCAUCGCGGUGGGGAGAGGGAGAGAGUGCGCGCCUUUUCUAUGCGCGGAAUUUCGUUAAUGCUCUUCAAUCUCUAUGUUUCUGGUUCUAAUGGUUGAUUAAUUGGAAGCUGUAACGGUUUCAAAUGGAGAUCGUUGCACGUUGUUGAUUUUGUUGUUCGGAUUCUAAGGAUCGGAUCAGUUGUGUUUCCGGGGAUUUCUAUUGUCAAAUAGAUUUAGAGCAGAAUGAACGAUGCCGGCAGUGCGGAGGCUGCUGCGGUAGCUUCGGUUGGGGCACCGCAGCCGUUGGAGUGGAAAUUUGCUCAGGUGUUUGGGGAACGUGCGGCCGGUGAAGAAGUCCAGGAAGUUGAUAUCAUAUCUGCUAUUGAAUUUGAUAGAACUGGCAAUCACCUUGCUACUGGAGAUCGUGGUGGUCGGGUGGUUUUAUUUGAAAGAACUGACACAAGAGUUGUAUGCCAAAAUGAUGGUAAUCGGAGAGAUCUAGAGAGGAUGGAUUUUUCAAUCAAUGGGCAUCCUGAGUUCCGGUACAAAACAGAGUUUCAGAGUCAUGAACCUGAGUUUGAUUAUCUAAGGAGCUUGGAAAUUGAGGAGAAAAUCAACAAGAUUAGAUGGUGCCAGUCAGCUAAUGGUGCCUUGUUUCUUCUGUCGACUAAUGACAAAACCAUCAAGUUUUGGAAGGUCCAAGAGAAGAAGGUCAAGAAAGUAUGUGACAUGAACGUUGACCCUGAAAAUGCUGCAGGAAAUGGUCCUAUUCUAGGUUCUAGCUUGCCAACAAGCUCCAACUCCAAACCAUAUACUGCAAAUGGAGGAUCUUUCGAUAGACCCUUUGGUUCUCCAAGCAAUGACUUUUCCUUCUCGCCUGGGGGUGUCGCAAAACUACAUUUGCCUGUGUUGACCAGCCAUGAAACGAGCGUUGUGGCUAGGUGCCGAAGAAUAUAUGCUCAUGCUCAUGACUAUCAUAUUAAUUCCAUUUCUAACAACAGUGAUGGUGAAACUUUUAUAUCGGCUGACGAUCUACGAAUAAAUCUUUGGAAUUUGGAAAUUUCCAAUCAAAGUUUCAAUAUUGUUGAUGUGAAGCCAGCAAACAUGGAAGAUCUGACUGAGGUGAUAACAUCAGCAGAAUUUCACCCUACUCAUUGUAAUAUGUUGGCAUAUAGUAGUUCAAAGGGCGCAAUCCGAUUGAUUGAUAUGCGGCAGUCUGCUUUAUGUGAUACUCAUAGCAAACUGUUUGAGGAACAGGAAGUACCUGGUUCAAGGUCCUUUUUUACAGAAAUAAUUGCCUCGAUCUCAGAUAUUAAGUUUGCUAAGGAUGGAAGGCAUAUACUUAGUCGUGAUUACAUGAAUCUCAAGUUUGGAUUUCUUGAUUAUCAGUUGUGGGACAUAAAUAUGGAUUCUGGGCCAGUUGCUUCUUUCCAGGUUCAUGAAUAUCUAAGGCCUAAGCUUUGUGAUUUAUAUGAAAAUGAUUCCAUUUUUGACAAAUUUGAGUGUUGUCUGAGUGGAGAUGGACUUCGAGCGGCGACUGGUUCUUACAGCAAUCUUUAUCGUGUUUUUGGCUGCUCCAAGGGGAGCGUGGAGGCAACAACAUUGGAAGCCACCAAAAACCCAAUGAGGAGACAAGUUCAAACCCCAUCAAGGUCUUCUAGAGCUCUGGGCACUCUUUCUCGUGGCUUUAGACGAGGUGCAGACAACAAUGGAGUUGAUACGAAUGGGAACGCUUUUGAUUUCACAACAAAGUUGUUACAUUUAGCAUGGCAUCCAACUGAAAACUCACUCGCCUGUGCUGCUUCAAACAGCCUGUACAUGUAUCGUGCAUAAAAUGGUCUGGGAUGAUCAUUCAUUUUUGCUUGGCAAAGCUAUGGUUUCUACCUCUGGCAAAGGCUUUCCUGCCUUCUUUCCAAGCACAAAUGUUGAAGAUGUACCCAACACCAGAGUUAGCGUUGCUAUUGUUGAAUUAUCAAGGAAGUAUAUAACUUUUGCUACCAAGAAAGCAGGCCCUGCUAAUUUUAUUCUUUCACAAGAAAAGAUAAAGUCUGUCCGUAUAUUUUUUGGGUUUAGGUAAAAGGAAAUUCUAUCUUAAACAAACGCUUCUAUGUAGUGCCGCAGGGUUUUUAGACUAAUAGAAUCUGUAAAAUUCAACUUGGCAAAGGAGCUAUUAGAGGGAGGGGGGAUCAAUGCAUCAACGUUGUACCAUGGGAACUUAGGACUAGAGGCUUGUGAAAAUUUUAUCAUGAUUAUUGUUAUUUCAUAUUCUAACCAUUCUUUCU